AUGGUGUCUGAGAGUGAGUACUCCAAAAGUACCUCCUGGAUUCCAUUUUCCGACCUUGCCACUCUUAUUGGUAAGAAAACGGCAAACUUUUUCUUCAACGAAGCUUGGAAAAUGCAAGAGCAGCGAUACAUUCUUUGGCAGAGCAAAGUCGGAAGAGAUAGUCCCGACCGUGAACCGUCAACAUCUCCACUCGAUUUGUACGACGGAGAGAGAAAUGUCGGAAGAAGUGUUGACAGGGUGCGGGAUCCCCAAAACUCUACUCGCAUUCCUGAUUUCGGAAGAUCUACGCAGGGCCACUCUUUAAAUCCUAGAAAGUCCAACUCGACAUCAAAGAAUGUCAGAUUCGAUGAUGCAAGCUCACCUCCACAGGUGCAGACAAAACAGGAGGACGAUGAUAGCGACGCACAGCUCUUUGUGAAGCAGGAUUCUGAUGAACAGUCUACAUUCAGCCGGUCCAAGUAUCUCGAAGAUCUGUUUAAACGCAAAGGCUGGGAUAAACUCAGCGGUCAAGGCAAGAUAGCCAUGGAAGCCAAGGCUCUUGCACAUUACCAUGUUUACCGCGAAGAGAUUUUAGUGAAUAAAGUUCAAAGAGGUGGACUAAAAGAACAUUAUGAUUUCCAGAUUGACAUACGGGACUAA